AAAAAUGCCAGCAAAGAAAAAAAAAGGUAAAGGAUCAAAACUAACACGAAUGAAUGAAGAAGAAAAAUUACGAUAUCUUCAACAUCGUGCUGAAAUUGAGCUAGAAGCUAAACGUAGAAAACAACAAUUAAUUUCUAUAUUUACAAAGAAUAAAUUAAAACGUGAAGAAGCAUUUUCACGUUUAAAUACAGCAAAAAUAAAUGAACAAUGGCGUUUUAAUUUACGACAAAUAAAAUGUAAAGAACUUGAUGAUGAGAUAAAAUAUCUUUGGUCAAAUUUUGAUAGAAAAAUUAAAUUAAAAAAUGAACAAAUUGAUAAUUUAAAUGUUGAAUUAAUAAAUGCAAAUUUAGAUCAUAAUAAACUUCAAGAAUCACAUAUGAAAAUUAUUGAUAAAUUAAUUUUACAACAUGUUGAAUAUUUAAAUAAAAUACAUGAUGAUUAUAAAAAAUCAAUAAUAAAUAUACAAUUAAAUGAUUUAAAUGAAAUGAUUAUAAUUAAAAAUAAACUUUUAUCAAAUACAUAUUCAAGAAAUUCAAUGAAUACAUAUUAUAUUCAGCAUACAAUGGAAGAAACAAUUGACAAUGUUAAUCAACAACUUGGUAAUAAAAUAAGCAAACUUUGGUCAUUAUUAAUUGAAACAAUAACAGAUUAUCAAAAACAAACGAGUUUAAAAAAAAAACAAUAUGAUAUUCUAAAAGAAUCAGAUGAUAAACACAAAAUAGAAACAUUACAAUUAAAAAAAUACGAAUCACAACUUGAAUUAUCAAUUGAAAAGAUCAAAAAUAAACAAAUUGAAUUUAAUGAAACGUUAUUUAAAAUUUGUACAAAUUUAGCUGAACCAAAUUUAUUAGCGACAAUUAAAAAAUAUGAUUUA